AACUAGUUUGCGCAAUUAUCACAUACGCCAAGCCGCUGCAAACGUAGUUGACGAACCAUUUUUCUGUCGUCAAACGGAUCAAGCUUUUUGUGAGAUUUGGAUCAAUCACAAAAAGCGGGAUUCGCUUUUCGCAUAGGAAUUGGCCUGCCACUGGAGCCAGCUGAUUUGGAAAAAAAUCGUCCGCAAAAUUUGUGUUUUUUUUUAAAGGCAAUUUGACUGUCCACUGACGUACGUUCUCGAAGAAGUCAAUGGAGGAAAAUACGAUGGACGAAAUGCGACAUUCCCAACAAGUUGGGACCAAUAUGAUUGGAGUGGUGCCUAAUCAUUCUGCUAAUCCGGGAAGAACUCGAGGUAGAACUCGCGUGACAAUGCACGCUCUGAUGUCUGAAGCAUUGCCAUUGGAUGAAGCAGCAAGAUUAGAAAUGAAAGCAUUGCCCGGCAAAACACCUGUUUCAGUGCUUCAGGAAUUAUUGUCACGGAGAGGCACGACUCCCAAAUAUGAGCUGGUACAAAUUGAAGGCGCAAUUCAUGAGCCUACGUUUCGCUAUCGAGUUACCGUUGCUGAUGUUGUUGCAGAUCCAAUCGUUUCAGCAAUGGGGACCGGCAGGUCCAAGAAGGAAGCAAAACAUGCGGCUGCUAAAGCCGUUUUGGAUAAAUUGAUCGGUGUGAACACUGAAUCUCCUGAUGCUCCUCUUCCAAAUAGUAUUCCAGAUUCGCAGGGCUUGCAAGAAAUGCAGGGUAAUUAUGGUGAAGAAAAAGUGAUCAAUAAUCCAAUUGGCUCACUGCAAGAGAUGUGUAUGUCUCGUCAUUGGCCACCACCGAAAUAUUCAAUGGAAGGUGAAGAGGGUUUGCCACACGAGAGACAAUUCACUAUUGUCUGUUCAAUUUUAAAAUAUCGUCAAAUUGGUCAAGGCAAGAGUAAGAAACUCGCUAAACGACAAGCAGCUCAUAAAAUGUGGCAAAAUUUACGUGACUCUUCAGAUCAAACUCAAACUGCACCGGACGAAGACGAGAUUAUUCAAAGAAAUGCAAAUUUGAGCGCUCGAUAUGCCGAUUUGAAAGAAAGCAAAAUCUCGACUUUGACAACCGCCCACAGUCACAAAGUCUCACUAUUUCACAAGAAUCUUAAAUCUUCUACGGGUGUUAAACUGUUUGAGCUGCAGAAUACAUGCCUGAAUGAUGGGGAUGUCAAUUUGGUGCAGUUCUUACAGGAAAUAGCUUCAGAACAACAAUUUGAGGUGACUUACGUGGAUAUUGAAGAAAAAUCAAUCAGUGGAAAAUGUCAGUGUUUGGUACAGUUAUCAACAUUACCAGUGGCAGUGUGUUAUGGCAGCGGUGUGACCAGUAAAGAUGCACAAGCGAGUGCCGCUCAGAACGCUUUGGAAUACUUGAAAAUAAUGACCAAGAAGUGAGCCAGCGCUUUGCUUCUGCCAAUUGUCGUCACCACCAACAGUAAGACCAGCAACACGUUACUUUCAAAAAAUCACAACAAUUUAAAUGAUUCGAAAUUUUAUAGCGCCAGUAAAUUACGUGGUGCAACAAAAUCACAAUUCCGUUCAAUGGGUAAUAACAAUGGUUUUAAAAACAAAGAUGCGAAUAAUUGCUCGAUAACAUCGCGUAUUCGUGUUAAUGGCACAGUAACCGAGAAUCUAAAAACAAAUAAUAAACGCGAGAAAAAUUCCAUUUCAAAUCAUACCUUCGACAAUCUUCGCGGAAUAAAUAACAAUACGUCUGGUAAUCCGUCCCAGGAUCAUGAUUUCUCUAUUUCCAAGGAUUUCACAUCGAAAAAAACCACUGAAUCCAAUUUAAAAACCCAUCAGGAAUACAAUAAAACACGUAAUUCAAUUUCAUCCCGAUAUCAACAAUCAAAUAUUUCUUUUUCGAAUCAUCAAACACGUAACGAUACAACAUAUGGUAUUGGACGUAAAAAUUUAGAGCAAAAUAUCACAAAAAUGACGCCAAUUAAUUUUCCCCCAUUACGUGCGCCACAAAGUAUUGUAAAUGUGCGUCAUCCAUUUGUCACUGAGGCACGAAUAAAACAUGAAAUUUUAAAUUCUAAAAAAAAUUUAAAAGAAACGACUUAUCCAAAUUAUGGAACUAGUAUUCAAAAUCUUAAUAGUAUAACGGCAAAUAUCUCGCCAUAUCCGCGUGCCGAUUCUUUUCCACAAUCAGUGACUAAUGUUUUGUUUUCCGACACUGCUGCCCAAUUUUCACAAUCGCCCUCAUUUAAUACAACACAAUAUCAAACUUAUGAUCAUACGGGAAAUUUUACCACCACACCAUUGACCAUUAAUCCAGUUAUUCCUCAAUUUUCAGCCGAAAAUUCUAUUACCUAUCCACAAUAUGAAAAUCAAUUUGUCACACCUAAUCAUUAUCCAACUGUUGGUCAAAUUCAGGACUCUCCACUUUUUAUUCAAAGUCUUCAUAGUCCAAUUGCAGUGACCGAUCAGUACGCUGCGCCAAAUUACGCCGGUGCCGUUAGAACUGAAUUGAUCCCACGAUUGAGACGACCUCCUCGAUAUAAUAAAUAAAAAGAAAGAAUUUUCAUCAAUUCGAUGGAAAUUGGGCAGAUUAUUUUUUUACAACGCGGACUUUAUUUAUUUAUUUUUUUUUUUUUACACAUACUAGAAAUAUUUCCAAUUCGAGUUCCAGUGUAUGCUUUUAAUUUUUUUACUUUCCAUGAAAUUGGAAAAUUAAUUUUUCCAAUAUCUAAAGCAUUUCUUGAAACCCGUUGAUAGUUUCAAGAAUUUUUUUGGAAAAAUUAUUAUAUACAUGCGUAUAUAUAUAUAUAUUUUAUUAAAUUUUUCAUUGAUUUCUCGAUGAUUAUAAAUUGUUUAUAGAUUUCUCAGUAAAUAUUACGAAUUAUUCGUAUAUCGAUUUCUCGCUAUUAAUCAUACUUAAUGAAUUCGAAUAAUAAUUAUUAAAUUAUAAGUACUUAUAAUUGUUUAUUUAUGAUUAUCAAUUAUAAUUACUUGUAAUUAAUUAAUUUAUAAUUUUCUCGAAAAAAUUCAUUAAUUAUAUUCGAUUCCCCUAUUGUUGCUCUACAUGAGAGAUGCAGUGAAAAUUAUUUCAAUUUCAGAUCCAUUUUGAAAUAGAUUUUACCUAAUCUCGUAUCUCACGACAAGUCGGAGCAUCAAAGAGUCAUCGAUUUAUUGACGAAUUUUUACGAGACUAUCAAAUAUUUUUUAAUGUAUUAUAGUAUUCUUCUUUUUCCACACACUGGUUUUGCUUUUGUUGAGAAGACAUGGCAGGGCACUCGAUAAAACAAAAAAAAAAAAAACAAAAAAAACUUAAAAAACAUACAAAAAAAUAGUAAAACAAUAUUUCUGAGUGCAGUGUCUUCAAGACUUUUUCCAUUCAAUAAAUUGUACAUAAUUUACAAAUGUACAUUAUCUCAUCAAAUUGUCAAAGAAAAAAAAAAUGUUAUAUAUAUAUCUCUCUGAAAAUGGGAAAUUACAACCUGUUUGCAAAUGUGCAACUGGUCAAAAUAUACCUCGAAGAAAAUAAAAUUAGUCGAUCGAGAAAAAAAAAAUCGUUUUGUUAAAAAGAAACGUUUCGAAAAAAAAUAAUUUCGCGAAACAAAAAAGAAAUCAACCAAAAAUUUUUGAAGAAGCUCGCUAGAAUACUCAAUAAAGCUAGUGUUCUAAAAAAAAAAAAAAAAAAGAAACUUUGACAGAUAUGAAUAGAGAGUAUUUGACAAUUACUCUUAACGAGGUAUUACUGUUGAGGUAUUAUUACUCUUGAAUAAAAAUGGUAAUUACAAGCUAUACUUUGCAUAGAAUUAGUGGAGGUUUUCCAAUAAUUCAAUAAUACGUAGAUUUAUUGAUAUGUUUUUAAUUUUUCUUUUCUUUUCUUUGACGGACAAAUCGCGUAAAUUUGGAAAAUUUCUUUCCAAAAAUGCAUUGACGUUAAAGAAAUAUUGCUUCGCGAUAACUAUACUCGCGCUAGUUUAUAAUAAAAAAAAAAUAAAAAAAAAAACAAAUAAUCUUAACCAGAGUUUCUCUCUGCUUACAAGUGGUGUAUGUUUUUCCUUUAGUAUAGUAGCUUAUAAACUCAUAAGCAUCAAGUAUAAUAUCCGUAAGGUUAAUCGUUAAGGACUUCUCGUUAAAUACUUUUCACAAAUUUUUUAAUUACUUGUGAAUUGUAAACGACUCGUGUGCAUUGAAUUUCGAGUUGCCUAUACGAAUCUCAAAAUAACGAAUGAAACGCAUUUUUGAAAAAAAGUAAAAUAAAUGAAUCCCCCCCCCCAAACAAACAAGAAGCUCAUCUUUUAAAAAUUUUUAAUUUUCAAUCUGAUUUUGAUAAAUUUUAAAAUAAUCCACAGAAUCUCCUUUUUUCUCUGUGGCUUCACAAAUAUGACAAAUAGGGCGGAUUAUUUGAAUAUCAAAAUAAUUUUAAUAUCUUCUUUCUGAGACACAGGAUAAGUUACUCGUCACUCAUGCUAACGUUCGACGAGAGUACACGAAUCGCGCAAAUAGAAUUUGCGUUUUGAAACUAAUAAUGAAUCGAAACUCUUGUCUUGUGUCAAAGUGACAUACAUGAAAAAAACAUUUGAAAAAAAACAAAAAUUAAAGAAAAAUUUUGACAAUUUUCUUUAAUGUUCGUUUUUUGUUUUUUCGUACGUCUCUUCGACAAUUUUGACAAAUUUUGCAAAAAAAAAAAAAAAAAUGAUGAAAAGAAAUGACCGAUUUUUAAAUGCAAAAUAAUAAAUCCAUAAUGAGAAAACUCAUUUCAAACCUCUCGAUUCUAGUCGGAGCGUAUUUUUUGAUGCAUGAGUUUGGAAAAUAGGCAUUAUUUACAUGCAAAGUAUAGUGUGCAACGCAAUCAAGUGUUUUCUAGAGUCAAAAAGGAAAAAAAAAGAACAUUUUCUUCAAAUUUUUUUCUUUUUUUUUUAUUCACUAUUUUUUUUUAGCCAUUUAGUUUUUGUCUUUCUCGUCUCAAUGAGAUAUCAUUCUAGUUUUUCUUGAGUUAAAAAUUAAAUUUUACAUUAUUCGAAUGUAUUUAACAAAAAAUAAAUAAAUAAAACUUCAUUUUAAUCAGAUAAAACUAAAAUGGCAUCUCAAAAAAUAUUUUUGUUCUUUUUUUUUUUAUCUUCAAAUAUACAGAAUGUUUUCGGAAAGCUCCAACGUUUCAGGCUUACCUAGAACACUUUGCAUAUACUUACCAUCAGAGGAAAAAAAAAAAAUUUAUCUAGAAUAGUUGAUAAUUAGUGUAUAGGAAAAAACGAUUAAUUUCGAUUGCAUUUUACAAAAUGAAAAAAAAAAGAUAAUUUAAAAGCGAAUUUUUGAAAGUAAUGCAAUCUUGCGUCUUGAAUUUAAUUUAUAAUAAAAUCACGAUUACGUAAUUAAAAAAUGUAAGAAAGAUGAAAAAAAAGAGAAUAUUUCACGCAGUAGUGAAAUAAUUCCGUGAUAUAUGACCGAAGAAAUAGACGCAAUUAUUAUAAAUAAUAAAAGAAAAACAUUUUAAAUGAAAAAAAAAAAAAAAAAAAAAAUCAUUUCAAAUUUGUCAACAAAGUACAAAACUGUCAUAAUUUUAUAAGUGAUGAUAUAUUGUGUGAUCAGAAGACUUUCUCCACGUAAUGUUUUUGAUAUUUUACGUUUUCUCGAACCCUUUGACAAAUCAAUUCAUUUGCAUUUAAAGAAUUAAUAUUUGAUAAUAUUUUACGUUUAUAGAAGAAAUUUUGUUUUAUAAUUUUUAAAGACACGAAAAAAUAGCUAAACAAAAAUGUUUUCUUUUUUUUUUUACGUUACAAAUCAUUGAAUCUCUUCUGCUUUAAAAUAUUUUCAAAAUAACUUUAAAUUGAGAAAUGAUAUUUAAUGAAGACAUUCAUAUAAUAGCAUUUAUGAAAAACAAUAUUCGAUGACGAAUAUAAAAAAACGAUAGCUUUCGUCAAUAUUCAUCAAUACAACUGGUAUAUAUAUAUAAAUUGUAGUGGUGAAAUUUUCUAAAAAUUAUUCAAUUUGUCUAAAGAUAAGUAAGAAAAAAAAUUUACUGUAGGGUGAAACGUUAAAUGACUGCGGAAUUUUCUAUAUUUUAAUUUAUCGUUAAUGAAUUAAUUAUAAUAUCGAUUUAAUCUUAAUUUAUAAUUUAUGAAAUUUAAUGCGAUAUAUUAAGAGAGAAAUUUUUUUAAUUGUAAAUUCAUUACAAUUGUAAUUAAAAAUUAGAAUUGUAAUUGAAAAUCAAAUUGUAAUUUGAAAAUGUUGUGAAUUUGUAUUUAAUAUUUUUUAUGAAAUUUUCAAUUGUUUACGAUUUAUGUGAUUCUGUGCAACAUUUAUAUAUAUCUAUAGUAUUAAAAUUUCAAAUUUUGUGAGAAUAUUUCAUGUUUAUGGAAAUUUAAAAAAAAAAAAAAAAUGAAAAUCAACUCACAAAGAAAAAAAAAAUAUCACCCGGAAAGAUUUUCUCAGACUUUAAUUAUAUUAUUAGCAACAGAUCACUCAAAGGGAUAAAGUAAUGUGAGAAUCCCAUUGAAUCUUUUGUAUAUGACAUUUAAAAUUUUUCAGGGUCACUUCCCGGUGUAUGACCUUUGUCAUAUUUUUACAUAGAUUUUAAAUUAUUUUUUAAUAUUUUCUCAAGUCGAAAGUAAAACAAUGACAUUUUUUAAAUGGAAAAAUAUGAAAAAAAAGAAAUAUAUGACAAUAGUAUUCUUAUUAUUAUAAUUGUGAUUUUUUUUUCACAGUAAUUUAUCUCUUUUGGUUAUCAAAAUAGUGUCCCAAAGUUCAAAAUAAUUUUUUUUUUUCCCUCCUUUUUUUGCGAUAUCGCGAACUAAUAAUUCAAAUUAAUUGUGAUAUGUUUGUCACGAAGACUUGAUUUUCAAGUAUGUGUAUAUAACUUUCGCAAUUUUGUGAGAGUUCAGGAUAACGCUCAUAUUUGUUAUUGUCAAUAAAUUUUUUUGUUUAUA